UUGUUGGUCUUGAGGAAUAGAAAUAGCAGAAGUAGACUAGAAAGAGACUAUAGAGAGAAAAUAAGAAGAAGAAGGAGAUCUUAUGCUCUAAAAGACCUCGUCCUCCGAUCAAGAGGACUACGAGUAUGACAGAGUUCACCUUGGAUCUAACUAUUGCCGAGCCCCAGCAGCCGUUGGAUCCUUUAAACGGCGGUCGCAUAGAUCAACGGUUCUUGGCUGCCGCUGCCGUCUCACCUCGGAACCACCGCCGUAACUCUGCUGAUUUCAUCGAGACCGCCCACUUUCUUUGGUCUUGCUUCCUCUGCAAGCGCCGUUUGAUCCCCGGCCGUGACAUUUACAUGUACAGAGGUGAUAGUGCAUUUUGCAGUCUGGAGUGUAGACAACAACAGAUGAUCCAAGACGAGAGGAAAGAGAAGUGCUCCUGGGCAUCCAAGAGACAGGCCCCACUGGCAGCCUCCGAAGGCGGCUCCGCCGAAGGGGAGACCGUCGCAGCCGUCUAGAUUCCGAUUGAUUA